AUGUCCGGCUACCAGCAGCAGCAGCAACAGCAGGCGGGCCACUAUGAGGAUGACUACGGUCAUACCGGAGCCCACGGCGAUUCCUAUUACCAGGAUGAGCAUGCUGGCCAGGCAUACUAUGACAACCAUGAAUAUGGUGAUGGGUAUUAUGACCGAGGUGCUCCGAAUGCCUACGCUCAAGAGGGAGGCAACCAAGAUUAUGCCGAAGGAGGGUACUAUGAAUCCGGUCAUCAGGAUGAAUACUACGCCGAUCAGUACUACGAUGCCGGUCAAGCUGGCUACGGCCGCGGUCGACGGGGAAAUGAAUCCGAGGAGGACUCGGAGACUUUCAGCGAUUUCACCAUGAGGUCCGAAACCGCUCGUGCCGCCGACAUGGAUUAUUACGGGCGUGGAGACGAGCGUUACAACAGCUACACUGAUAGCCAGUACGGUCGGGGAGGAUAUGGAUACCGCCCUCCCUCAUCGCAGAUCUCAUAUGGAGGAAAUCGGUCAUCAGGUGCCUCUACUCCCGUUUACGGCAUGGACUACGGAAACGCGUUGCCGGCUGGCCAGCGUUCGCGGGAACCCUACCCUGCCUGGGCCUCUGAUGCGCAAAUUCCGCUUUCCAAGGAAGAAAUCGAGGACAUCUUCCUCGACCUGGUCAACAAAUUCGGUUUCCAGCGAGACAGUAUGCGGAACAUGUACGACCAUAUGAUGACCCUCCUAGACUCUCGGGCAUCUCGUAUGACUCCUAACCAGGCACUUUUGUCCCUUCACGCCGAUUAUAUUGGAGGCCACAAUGCCAACUACCGCCGCUGGUACUUCGCCGCGCAUCUUGACCUGGAUGAUGCGGUGGGCUUCUCCAACAUGAAACUCGGCAAGGGCGACCGGAAAACUCGCAAGGCCCGCAAGGCUGCGCAAAAGGCAGCUAAGCAGAACCCGGAGAACGAGGAGGCUACCCUAGAGGCUUUGGAAGGAGACAACAGUCUCGAAGCCGCGGAGUACCGCUGGAAGUCGCGCAUGAACCGGAUGUCUCAGCACGACCGCGCCCGCCAAAUCGCUCUGUACCUUCUGUGCUGGGGUGAAGCAAAUCAAGUCCGCUUCUUGCCCGAAUGUCUCUGCUUCAUCUUCAAGUGUGCCGAUGACUACUACUCCUCGCCUGAGUGCCAGGCCCGCGUGGAACCAGUGGAGGAAUUCACCUAUCUCAAUGAGAUCAUCACCCCUCUCUACCAGUACUGCCGUGACCAGGGAUAUGAGAUCUUUGAGGGCAAGUAUGUCCGUCGUGAGCUCGACCACAACAAGAUCAUUGGUUAUGAUGACAUGAACCAGCUCUUCUGGUACCCUGAGGGAAUCGAGCGAAUCAGUUUUGAGGACAAAACGCGUCUAGUCGAUCUCCCUCCCGCACAGCGUUGGCCUAAGUUGAAGGAUGUCGUGUGGAAAAAAGCCUUCUUCAAGACCUACAAGGAGACUCGGUCUUGGUUCCACAUGGUCACUAAUUUCAACCGUAUCUGGGUCAUCCACUUGUGUUCAUUCUGGUUCUUUACUGCAUACAACGCGCCGACUUUGUACACCCCUAAUUACCAACAGCAACUCGAUCAAAAGCCCGAGACUGCCAAGGUGCUCGCAGCCGUUGGUUUCGGAGGUGCCAUUGCCGGAUUUAUUCAAUUGUUUGCCACUAUUUGCGAAUGGCUCUAUGUCCCGCGUCGAUGGGCCGGUGCUCAGCAUCUGCGCAAGCGUUUCUUCUUCGUUCUUGCGGUUUUCUUGAUCAACCUGGCUCCCGGUGUCGUGAUCUUCGGGUUCCUGGACAAGCUUCCCACUGGUAUCCAGAAGCCGGUUGGUCUGGCACUGGGAAUUGUCCACUUCGUUUUGGCGCUGCUCACCACCGUCUUCUUCUCGGUUCAACCGUUGGGCGCUUUGUUCGGCAGCUACCUCAAAAAGAAUGGUCGGCAGUAUGUGGCAAGUCAGACAUUCACGGCUAGCUUCCCUCGUCUCUUUGGCAACGACAUGUGGAUGUCCUACGGUCUUUGGGUGUGCGUCUUCGGCGCCAAGCUUGCCGAGUCUUACUUCUUCUUGACUCUGUCCCUCAAGGAUCCCAUUCGCAUUCUUUCUCCAAUGCAGAUCUACCAGUGCACCGGUGUGAAGUAUCUCAAGAACAUCCUCUGCCACAAGCAACCGCAGAUUCUUCUCGGUCUGAUGUUCUUCAUGGACUUGACGCUGUUCUUCCUGGAUAGUUACUUGUGGUACAUUAUUUGCAACACCAUCUUCUCCGUCGCCCGGUCAUUCUACCUGGGUGUUUCCAUCUGGUCUCCGUGGAGAAACAUUUUCUCUCGUCUGCCUAAGCGUAUCUACUCCAAAGUCUUGGCGACCACAGACAUGGAGAUCAAGUACAAGCCCAAGGUGCUUAUAUCUCAAGUUUGGAACGCUAUCAUCAUCUCCAUGUACCGUGAGCACCUGCUGGCGAUUGAUCACGUCCAGAAGCUUUUGUAUCAUCAGGUUCCAUCUGAGCAGGAGGGCAAGCGUACACUUCGUGCUCCAACCUUCUUCGUCUCCCAGGAGGAUCAGUCUUUUAAGACCGAGUUCUUCCCGGCGGGUAGUGAGGCUGAACGCCGUAUCUCCUUCUUCGCCCAGUCGCUUUCGACCCCGAUGCCCGAGCCUCUACCUGUUGACAAUAUGCCCACAUUCAGUGUCCUCAUCCCGCACUACUCUGAGAAGAUCCUCUUGUCGCUUCGCGAGAUCAUCCGUGAAGAUGAGCCGUACUCUCGUGUCACUGUUUUGGAAUAUCUCAAGCAGCUUCAUCCUCAUGAGUGGGACUGCUUUGUGAAAGACACCAAGAUCCUGGCCGAUGAGACAUCUCAAUUCAAUGGUGAAUACGGCGAGAAGGGAGAGAAAGACGCCGCCAAGAGCAAGAUCGACGAUCUGCCUUUCUACUGCAUUGGUUUCAAGUCCGCUGCGCCUGAGUACACCCUCCGCACCCGUAUCUGGGCUUCUCUCCGGUCUCAGACCUUGUACAGAACAAUCUCCGGAUUCAUGAACUACAGUCGGGCCAUCAAGCUGCUGUACCGUGUGGAGAACCCUGAGGUUGUUCAGAUGUUUGGUGGCAACUCUGAGAAGCUGGAACGGGAACUGGAACGGAUGGCUCGCCGCAAGUUCCGCAUCUGUGUCUCUAUGCAGCGUUAUGCCAAGUUCAGCAAGGACGAGCGUGAAAAUACCGAGUUCCUGCUCCGCGCCUAUCCUGAUCUCCAAAUUGCCUAUCUUGAUGAGGAGCCCCCUGUCAAUGAAGGUGAGGAGCCGCGUUUGUAUUCGGCUUUGAUUGACGGCCACUGCGAACUUCUUGAAAACGGCAUGCGAAAGCCCAAGUUCCGCAUUCAGCUCUCAGGAAACCCUAUCCUUGGAGACGGAAAGUCCGACAACCAGAAUCACGCCAUCAUCUUCUACCGUGGUGAAUACAUUCAAUUGAUUGACGCCAACCAAGACAAUUACCUGGAGGAGUGUUUGAAGAUCCGAUCUGUUCUGGCUGAGUUCGAAGAACUGUCCACGGACAACGUCUCCCCUUACACUCCCGGUGUUCCGUCGCCUGAAACCACUCCAGUUGCAAUUCUUGGCGCCCGUGAGUACAUUUUCUCUGAAAGUAUCGGUGUGCUCGGUGACGUUGCCGCCUCCAAGGAACAGACAUUCGGUACCCUCUUCGCCCGUACUCUUGCCCAGAUUGGUGGCAAGCUUCAUUAUGGUCACCCUGAUUUCCUCAACGCCACCUUCAUGUGUACACGUGGUGGUGUGUCCAAGGCUCAAAAGGGUCUUCACCUAAACGAGGAUAUCUACGCUGGCAUGAACGCUCUUCUUCGUGGUGGACGAAUCAAGCAUUGCGAGUACUACCAAUGUGGUAAGGGUCGUGACUUGGGUUUCGGCUCCAUUCUGAAUUUCACCACCAAGAUCGGUACUGGUAUGGGUGAGCAAAUGCUUUCUCGUGAAUACUACUACCUCGGUACUCAACUUCCUCUGGACCGCUUCUUGUCCUUCUACUGCGCCCACCCUGGUUUCCAUCUUAACAACAUGUUCAUUAUGUUGUCUGUGCAAAUGUUCAUGGUCGUCCUGAUCAACCUCGGUGCCCUGAAGCAUGAGACCAUCACCUGUCGCUAUAACCCCGAUUUGCCCAUCACCGACCCUCUGGAGCCCACUUAUUGCGCGGAUCUUGUUCCCAUCAUCAACUGGGUGAACCGCUGUGUCAUCUCCAUCUUCAUUGUCUUCUUCAUCUCCUUCGUUCCAUUGGCUGUCCAAGAGUUGACGGAACGCGGUGUAUGGCGGAUGGCUACCCGUCUCGCGAAACACUUCGGGUCAUUCUCCUUCAUGUUCGAGGUGUUCGUCUGUCAGAUCUACUCUCAGGCUGUGCACCAGAAUUUGUCCUUCGGUGGUGCUCGAUACAUCGGUACUGGUCGUGGUUUUGCAACUGCUCGUAUUCCAUUCGGUGUUUUGUACUCUCGAUUCGCCGGUCCUUCAAUCUAUCUGGGCGCGCGUCUUAUGCUCAUGCUCCUGUUCGCUACGACGAGUGUGUGGACUGCUGCUUUGAUCUGGUUCUGGGUAUCGCUGCUGGCUUUGGUUAUCUCGCCAUUCCUUUUCAACCCUCACCAAUUCUCCUGGAAUGACUUUUUCAUUGACUAUCGCGAUUACCUUCGUUGGCUCUCGCGCGGCAACUCCAGAUCGCAUGCCUCCUCUUGGAUUGGGUUCUGUCGUCUGUCUCGAACUCGACUCACUGGAUACAAGAAGAAGCUUCUGGGUGUCCCCUCUGAGAAGGGUUCCGGUGACGUUCCUCGUGCGCGCUUCACCAACAUCUUUUUCAGUGAGAUCGUCGCUCCACUUCUCGGCGUCGCAGUAACCCUCAUUCCCUACUUGUACAUCAACUCCCGCACCAUGUUCAGCGAUGACCCUCAAUAUGCUCCUAAUGCCAUUUUGCGAAUUGCGCUCGUCGCCGUUGCCCCUAUCGGUGUCAACGCCGGUGUCGCUGGAAUGUUCUUCGGCAUGGCCUGUUGUAUGGGACCUAUCUUCAGCAUGUGCUGCAAGAAGUUCGGUGCAGUUCUUGCUGCCAUUGCUCACGCCAUCGCUGUUAUUGUUCUCCUUGUCUUCUUCGAGGUCCUUUUCGUCCUGGAGUCCUUCAAUUGGCCACGCACCGUCUCCGGCAUCAUUGCCAUGAUGGCCAUUCAGCGCUUUAUCUACAAGCUGAUCGUUUCGUUGGCCUUGACUCGUGAGUUCAAGAACGAUCAGUCUAAUAUCGCCUGGUGGACCGGCAAGUGGUACAACAUGGGAUGGCACUCGCUUUCGCAGCCUGGCCGUGAGUUCCUCUGCAAGAUCACUGAGUUGGGCUACUUCGCGGCCGAUUUCGUCCUGGGACACACGAUCCUCUUCUUCAUGCUCCCCGGGCUCGCUGUGCCAUACGCGGACAAAUUUCACUCCGUCCUCUUGUUCUGGCUUCGUCCUAGUCGUCAAAUCCGCCCGCCCAUCUAUUCCCUCAAGCAGUCGAAGCUGCGCAAGAGGCGUGUGAUCCGGUUCGCCAUCCUUUACUUCGCCAUGCUACUGCUUUUCCUCGUUCUUCUCAUCGCACCAAUCGUCGUUCGCAACAUGGGUCUGGAUACCAGCUUGCGCAAGUCCCUCUACAAUGCUGUUGGUGUCAAGGCAAACGGACUGGCUCUCCUCCAGCCUCUCGACAAGGGCCUCAACGACACGGUGUCUUACUACACCGGCAGCGGCCUCCCCGCUGGUUUCUCAUCACACGCCGUUGUCACUCCCACUGCAGGAAACUUUGACUUCCAGCGGUUGCUGUGA